AUGAGAUCGCGAAAGGGGGAAAGCCGUCCCGAAUUAUUUUUUCGGAGUCCGGAUCUUCCCAAGGCGCCUCGAACGAGGACGCCACACCGGCCACUGCGCGGCCGCCGCACGGCGGCGCCUACCCCGCAGGCGGGCACAGCCGCCCACCGGGCAAAGGCACAGCCGCCCCACUUCCUAGGCGAAGGCCUGCGCCGUUACGCGGGCGAGCCUGUCGCCCCGCCGGCGAGGCCUGCGCCCAGCGGCGCGGCGGGCCUUGUCCCCUUGCCGGGCGGGGCCUGCGAGCCCAGCCCGCGGGCCUGCGCCCCGCGCAGCUGGGGCUGCCCCCCAGCCCUGGGCGGGCACCUGCCCAGCUUGGUAGACACUGCACCAGACCAGCGGCCUCCCCCCACCGACGAGGGCAGCACUGCCGCCCUCCCAGUCGCACCCCCGCCAGUGGGCGGGCCGCCGGCCCCACGACAGGCGUUCAGCUGCCGCCUCCUAGCGCAUCUGCCGCCGAAGCCAGCUGCACCUGCCGCCCAGCCCCCUGUGCGGCAGUCCGCCCCCCGCGGCACCCCGCCCGGGACCGGAAAAAUGCCUAUAAUAGUCCAUUUCACCAUUUUCGGUGGCCUUUCUGUUUUGACGACGAAUCCCUUCUCCCCUCACUGCUCCUUGCAUUUCUUUACCGCUUUGUCAUUUUAA